UCCAGGCCCAUGGGUAAUGCCAAAUUCGAUUAUUAGCUCGCGGUAGGAAGGCUCCAGGUGAACGCCCCAUAACUCUUCAGGAGCACAAGCCUGGGCUGUGGUUCAUCUGGCUCUACGGACACCCGCGAUUCCCCGCCCGAGCGUACGGGGUGACGUGCUCGCCUCCAGCACCUGGCUUCCGCGCGCCGCAGGAACAGCUGGGACGGUGGGGACUGGCCGGGUGAGCCCCCGCCCUGCCACGCGCUAGGCGCUGCCUUCCUCCUCCUCCUUCUCCUCUUCCACCUCCUCCUGCGCGGUCGCCUCCCGGCGCGGCGGCCUCCGCCUGCGGCUUUGUUUUCCUCCUAGGUCUCAUUCCCCACACGUGAUACUGUGUUAUUGCAAAGAGCGCUUCUGAGCGCGAGCGCGGGGUGCGCGCACUUAUAAAUACUGACCGCGGGGCCCGGGAGCCCGUGAUCGCGCGGAGCGGAGACCAGGCGCGCGUGGGUCCCGGGCGCGGAGGGCGAACCAAGAGCGCGUGGGUCCCAGCGGCGCCCGAGCGCCCAGGGCCGAGCAUGGCCCGCCCGCAGGAGGGCAGGGCCGCCUCGCACACCGCCUGCGCCCCGCGCCCUGCCCAUCCCAGGUCGCCUGGGCUCGCGGCCGCCGCUUAGCACUCGGCACCCGCCACUCGCUUCUCGGGCACCGCGGAACUGACGCCGCAGACGGACACAAUGGCGGCGGCGACAGCCACCGCGGGUUCGGCCGCUUGCAGCAGCAGCAGCAGCCGCGGAGGCGGCACGGACACCGUGACCACCAGCGGGGUACAGCCGCCUCCGCCUCCGGCCACCGCACCCCCCGAGGCUCUCCGUAAGCCGCGCAUGGACCCGCGGCGCCGCCAGGCUGCCCUGUCCUUCCUCACCAACAUUUCGCUGGACGGACGGCCACCGCUGCAGGACGACGAGUGGGGCGGCGGCGAGGAGGGCGGCGCGACCAAACCCGGAGCGAGGGCUCGCCUUAGCCUGCUGGCCGCUGGCUGCAACGUGUUUUCGGCACCGAGUACCGUGGCCGCGCCGUGGACUGCUGGCUCUGGUUCCUGCCCUUGCCCGCUACCGCCGUCCCUAGUCCCCCGGGCGUCGGGGGAGCCAUCGCAGCCACCCCGUUCAGCCCCAGCCGUCACCGGUGCCCAGCUGCAGCUGCCAGACGAGCGGGGAGUCGCGGGACAGGAGGAGCUGGAAGAAGACGAUGCCUUUACCAACGUGCAGGUGCCGCCGGCCAGUUUCUUGGGCUCCGGGACCCCCGUGAGUGUGAGCGGCAGUCGGGGCCGCCUCAACUCGUUCACUCAGGGAAUCCUGCCCAUCGCCUUCUCCAGGCAGAACUCGCAGAACUACUGCGCCUUGGAGCAGUCAGGCCAGGUCGGCAGCACCAGCGCCUUGGAGCAGCUGCAGAGGUCCAGACGUCGUCUCAUCUCCCAGAGAUCAUCUUUGGAGACCCUGGAAGAUAUUGAGGAGAACGCCCCUCUCCGGAGAUGUCGAACACUCUCAGGUUCUCCCAGACCAAAGAAUUUUAAGAAAAUUCAUUUUAUCAAGAACAUGAGACAGCAUGAUACCAGGAAUGGCAGAAUAGUCCUUAUCAGUGGCAGAAGAGCCUUCUGUAGUAUAUUUUCCGUGCUGCCGUAUCGAGACAGUACCCACGUCGGGGACCUGAAGUUGGAUGGGGGGAGACAGUCAGCAGGGGCCAUGAGCCUGAAGGAGAUCAUUGGCCUGGAAGGUGUGGAGCUGGGUGCUGAUGGGAAGACAGUGUCUUAUACCCAGUUUCUUUUACCCACAAAUGCCUUCGGAACCCGGAGAAAUACUAUAGACUCCGCCUCCUCCUUCUCCCAGUUCCGGAGCCUGAGCCACCGCAGCCUCUCCAUGGGCAGGGCCGGCAGCACCCAGGGGAGCCUAGAUGCAGGAAGUGACCUAGGAGACUUUAUGGACUAUGACCCAAAUCUCUUGGAUGACCCCCAGUGGCCUUGUGGCAAGCAUAAGCGAGUUCUGACCUUCCCUUCUUACAUGACCACAGUGAUUGACUAUGUGAAACCCUCGGAUCUCAAGAAGGACAUGAAUGAAACCUUCAAGGAGAAGUUUCCUCACAUUAAGUUAACACUCAGCAAAAUCAGGAGUCUGAAAAGGGAGAUGCGGAAGCUUGCCCAGGAGGACUGUGGCUUCGAGGAGCCCACGGUGGCCAUGGCCUUUGUCUACUUUGAGAAGCUCGCCCUCAAGGGGAAGCUGAACAAGCAGAACCGGAAGCUCUGUGCGGGAGCAUGUGUGCUGUUAGCAGCCAAGGUCGGAAGUGACCUCAAAAAGCAUGAAGUCAAACAUCUAAUUGAUAAACUGGAAGAGAAGUUCCGGCUGAACCGACGGGAACUCAUUGCCUUUGAGUUCCCGGUGUUAGUGGCCUUGGAAUUUGCACUUCACCUGCCAGAGCAUGAAAUCAUGCCCCACUAUAGACGCCUGGUCCAGAGCUCCUAGCACAGGCCCCAGGAGAGCCAAGGACUGCUUCCUCUGAGUGCGGUGGAGCCUCG